ACUUAGUGACUACAUUUCACACAAAGAAUACAUAGUAUGCUCUAAUUAGUGCCUAUAUAGUUAUGUUAAACAUAUAUCUUAGCCGUAUAUAGUUUUAAUAGAUAUUACCAUACCAGACUCACCCAGCGUAGUCAUAUCGCUACCUCGGGUCGACGAUGGAGGAAACAGGGGCUGCUAUUAACCUUGGCACAUCGUUGUUCAUUGUGUCAUUGGCUCUCGGUAUCACCGGCUGUGUUGCUCUCUUACUGAAUGCAGUACUAGCAGGAACGUACAACUUAGACUCCUACAAGCUGUCCACUUACUUUGAUAAGCAUCCCAAUGGCAACUUGGCAACGAUAAUACUGGGCAUAUUGUUGUUAUUACAUGGACUUGGGUACUACUGUCAGUACGUUAAGACACCACUCAGUAAGUGCCAUCUAUGGCUACUGGUCACAGGGUCACUUACAGUCCUGGUAGCCGCUGCAGCCGUUCUGUUGGUUACCAGGGGUCACCAGGCAGACCCCAAAAUGCUUGGGUAUUGUAAUACUGCUCUAACAGCAAUGCAACUGGUGGCACUGACGGCAUUUGGUGUUUGUAUGUGCAAGUCUGGAUGUUUCGGGAAAUGUAACUCAAAUGCCAGAUUAGUUUUCUAUGUGCUUGUCGGAAUCUAUGCAGUGUGGCUGCUUGCAUACCUCGCCGCGUGCGCUGCCUAUGCGGUGUUGCACAAUAAGGAAAACAGUAGAAGUAGUGGAGUCGAUGCAUUCCAAGCGAUAACGCAAUCCUAUAAAAGAAUUCCAUGCGUCAACUACGUUCUACUGAUAGCACUGACAUUCAGUGCCUACCAGGUAAAUUUUUGUUGUGUACCUAUCACGGGCACUGAGUGGACCUUUCUGUUGCUGUUUGGUACAUCUGCCGGUAUAUCACUAUCGGUGGUCAUGAAUUACCAAGGUGGUGGAACUGCUUUAAACAAACCAGUGCCACACGUAUUGAGUGCAUUGGCGGUAGUACUCAUGGGUUUCUUACUGAUGUAUAGCCAUUUCAGGGAGCCUUUUGCCCAGGUGGUGCCAGACAAAAAGUAUACACCGUGGGACUUAGUAUUUAUACUGGUGUCUGUAGUACUAGCGGGCAGUAAUAUGGCACUGUUAAUCAAGUGGAAGGAAGGUACUACUAGUGAUGAAUAUUGGACCCACUAUAUUGUCCCACCUGUUAUGGUGGUAUGCAUUGCCAUAGAGCUUGUUAUGCUCCAUUUUGGAUGGGUUCGUGGCAGUUCUUGUGAAGUCGUCUGGCAAGCUGUCAUGGUGAUCCUGGCACUGGAGUGGGUUGCUACACUUGUCAUGGUAGUUAUAGAGGUAUGUGCUGGUGGUAGUUCUAACGGCUACGUGUUUACGGUAUCCAACAAUGUAUAUCCCCUGAUAGUGCUCCACCUGGUACUACUAGUGGCCACUCUAGUAGUAUGUCACUACAGAAAGCCAUUUCCAGGUAGGUACGAGCUAUGGCACUGGUCCUUGGGACUCUGGGACACUAUGCUAGUACUGCUGGUACUAGAGUCACUAAUGGUUCUGGUAAUGGCGAUGUCAGGGGUGCACCAGCAAUAUAAUUUUGGCGCUGGUUUCGGCGGUAGCGGAGACAAUCAUUGCUAUAUCGUUCUCGCUGUACAUGCCAUCCUAUGUGGCACUGCACUUGGUAUAAUACACCUCAAGGAACCUCUUUCACAGUAUUGGCCCAGGGACCGACUGGCUUGUGGAGUGCUCAGUUUGGUGUCACUAGUCUCGUGUCUAGGACUGGCAUACGAUGGGAUGAAACCAAAACCUGGAGAUUCACGCAAUGAAUAUGGAUUCUAUUGCCUAGUAGUGUACGGCAUCAUUACAUUUGGUGGUGCUCUGUUCUAUGGCUUCCGUGGUGGCCUUUUACAGGGCAGUUGCUUCACCAAGAAGAACACUGGUAGCUCGACACAUCUACAGGGUAGUGACGAGGCAGUGAGUACUCCAGAAGUGGCUGUAGACAAUACAGCUGACACCGUAGAAGUCACAAGAGACACUGAGUAGUACAGGAUAA